AUGUUGAUGAUGGUGAUGAUGAUGAUGAGUCUGAGUGAGGAGGCAGAUCUUUGGGAGGGAGGAGCUGUUGAACAGGACGUCACUUUCCUGGAGCCGGAUCAUGUGUCUGGUUUUGGUUUGGAUAAAACUCAGAUUCAAGUCGACCUGAGUGACAGAGCUUCAGACAGAGCAGUGCCUCGAGUUAGCAGAGGGGAGGACUCAGACUCGAGGCAGAACUGUUUCUUAAUUUUCCGAGUGAUCAGUUGCGAAACAGUUUCCGAAGUGGACGGUGACGCGUCAGAAAACCCCAGACUCUCUUUCAGUGGAGGUUUCAGAGGAUCUGAGCUCAUCCUUCUGCUUUUUGGUGGUUAUAAAAGUGUAGGUUUCUGUCUGUCCGUCACUCUCUGCACUCUCACUGAACAUUUUCUUCACUUUCUUCAUCUUCAUCUUCGACUUGUGCCUCGACUUGAAAUCUCAGGAUGUGCUCGAGCGUCAGAGUGUCCGUGCUGCUCGCCCUCGUGGCCCUGCUCCACCUCGGAGACGCUACAGUGGAGAAGUUCUCAGAGUGUUGUAAAUCCACGAGUGUGGCGCGAAUCCCGGGAAGGUCACUGGAAUUUUACCUCAAAAGAAAAAUGGACAAUGUGUCCGCGCCUACAUAGUUCAGAUGGACGACAAAUACCUGUUCUGUGUUCAUCCGGAGCCCGAUGGGUCCAGCCUCACGCCAGAGCUUAUCUAGAGAAACUCAAAGCUAAAACUCAGACUCCUCCCACCCAGAGGUCUCUGCUCUCUAUGCUCACCGACAGCCCCUCCAGCUCCUCUUUCAUCUCCUCCUCAGCUCCUCCUCCGUCUUCCACCUCCUCCUUCUUCUCCUCCGACCUCUCGUCUGCUGCUGAGGAGAUUUCUUCUGGAGAGAUUGAAGACAUGAACUAGUUUUACAUUUAUAUAAUAGUCCAAGACCUGUUUGUUUCCAUGGAGAUGUUACAUUACAUUGUCUAGAAUGUUCCUCAGUGUUGUGGUGGUGGUGUUGAAUCAGACCUGUUCUUCAGACUGUUCUUCUCAGAUCUUGUACUCGGUGAUUCCUGCAGGUUUGAGGAUGUUUUGUUUGUCAGAGGUCAGAGCUGCAGAGACAUUCAGGCGCUGCAGGGAGGAUUUAAAUGUGUCUGGCACAGAUUUGGAGAAAUUAGCAAAAUAUUUCAGGAGCUGAGCUUUCUGUUUAUUUGUCAUGAAUUUUAGAUGUUUCAGAAUUAGUAUUUUUAUUUAUAUCUCAGUGAGUCUCAGAGAGUCUCAGUGAACUUUUGUUUAAACAUUUGGACAUUUAUUUAUUUUAUUAAAUUAAACAAAACUGUAUUUAUUUCUGAAUUCUAACAGAUUAUCUCUAUUUACUGUAAACUUGGAAUGUAUUUAUUUUUUCUUCAAAAGUGUGAAACAGAAUUGCUGAAUAAAGAGUCUUAAACCCUGA